AUGACAACACUUGCAUUUAAGGUAAUUUAUACAUUUUAUUUUUUGGUAACAUUGUAACGCAACUGAUUUAAAACCAGUCACUUUAGAAUAGAAAAACUUCAAAUAAAAUUGGAGAAACAUUAUAUUACGAGGUACCAGUAAAGUCUUAAAGAACUUUUAAGAUAUACCUGUAAUGUUAUUUGACAGAUACAUAUCCCGAUAACUCCAGACUUUAGUGCAUAGAUAACAAAUAUGGCAUGUGGUGAGACCGUACAGAAAAUACUGAAUAAUCAUGUUGCAGUUCCGAACGUUGCCGAAGGUAGCCGAAGGUUUCCGAACGGCGGUUUCCAAACUUGAAAUGCUAACCGAAGUAGAAGCGCAGUUUGCCGCCGACCUUUGUAUUGUGCGGACGCGUUUGUCGGCUGAAUAUCUCUUCGGUCAUACGUUUGGUGUAGUGAUGAACGAGUGUUUGAAUUUUGUUGUGAUUGACAUUUUGUGGACAUGAGUGUGUAGUUUCGAAGAUAUUUGGACGUAGUAAGAUAAAUAAAGCAGUGGUGAACAGUGAAAAUGCGAGUGACUUAAGUGUAGUGUUCAAAAUGAAGACCUCCAACUUGGUGUUGACGCUCAUUUGUGUCAUUUCUCUAACCUGCACGCACGCCAAGACAGGAUACUUUUGGCACAUAACGGACUUCCAUUAUGACCCGCUCUACACAUCACAAGGCGACACUAGAAGACAUUGUCGCCGGGCAGACGAGCGAGGCAGUUCGGGUCACCAUCGAGCGUUGGGUCGCUUUGGAGACUACUCCUGCGACAGCUCCCUCGAGCUGAUCGAGUCCGCAGCGCGGUACAUGCGCACUCGCCACUCAGAAAACGUCGAGUUCGUGCUGUGGACCGGCGACAUCAUAGCUGCUCGCUACACAGGCAACGAAGAUGACAAGUACCAGGCCAUCAGAAACAUGACAGAUCUACUGAGCAGAACGUUCAGCUCACACUUCGUGUUCCCAGUGCUGGGUCAUUUGGAUCCCGCACCAUCUGAGAGCCUCACAAAUCUCUGGAUGCAUUGGCUUCCUCUCGAAGCCCUACAAACCUUCAAAUACGGAGGAUACUACACAAUAGAGCAGAAACAAAGCAAGCUCCGGAUAGUGGCGCUGAACACAAACUUGUUUAGCGUCCGAGAAUCGAACAGCGUGCAGGCGAGGCGCCAGUGGGAGUGGCUCGAUGCUGUGCUUGAUAAGGCCACGGGAAACAAGGAGAUGGUUUACAUAGUGGGGCACGAGGCCCCCGGGUCAGACUCGCGGCACCCCUACGACAUGUCAUCUGACUCCAAUGCGAAAUACCUUCGCACAGUGCGACGUCACGCAAAAAUUAUUGCGGGACAGUUCUUCGGGCACCUUCACGCUGACACGUUCCGAGUUAUUUACGAUAAUGAUCGGCCAGUGUCGUGGACAUUCAUGGCUCCAUCAGUGAGCCCUCACCGAGAUCCCGCCGACUCCUCCAACCCCGGGCUCAGGCUUUACAAGUUUGAUACCAACACAGGAAAGGUGUUGGACUACACCCAGUACUACCUAGACCUGGCGGCCGCCAACCGGAACGUGGCCGAGUGGACGGCGGAGUACAACCUCACGCAGUACUACGGCCUGCACGAGGUGUCCGCCAUCUCCCUGCACAACCUCGCCGACAAGCUGCAGAUAGGCACGCCGCAUGAGACCAAUAUAUUCCACAAGUACUUACGCGCAUACCGCGUGCGUCACGAAAGCUCCGAGUCGUGUGACGGCGCGUGCGCACACCAGCACUUCUGCGCGAUCACGUGUCUAGAGCACGUCGCGUAUCGGCAGUGUGUGGAGGCGGCUGCCAGUGCCCUCGCCGCCGCCGGCGACUCUGCACCUCUCACCACGCCGCUACUGAACACAAUCGUAAUAUUAUUUGCAUUCAUUAUUGUUGUAAUUAAUUAGUUUUAUUUAUUUACAGGAAUGUC